GGGUGGGGAGAAGAAGCGCGCGAUCGGCAGCGGGGGACGCCCGACACCUGGGUCUCCUUCGUUGGAAGCGGAACGCCAAGAAGCGGAACGGGUUGCGAGCCGGGGCCGCUUCGCGGUGGAACUCUCCUUUGCCUUUCGGGUUCGGCGGCCGGGAAGGAGAGUCGCCGAGAGUCCCGCGCCGAGUCUAGUCCGUUCCGAGGCACCGCGGCGCCAUGGUGAGUAGCAGGAGCGGGGGGCUCGGCGGGCUCGGCUCCGAAGGGCUUCUUCGAGGGAGGGCGGGGGCCAGAGACCUCUUCCUUUAGAUUUAUCAGUCUCCGCCUUACAUUAAGACGUGCGACACCGGUAUAAAGCUGUUUGUUUGCUUAUCAUUAAACGAAAGCGAGGCCCAUUCACUGAGGAUAAGGCUAGCCGUGCUGGCUUAUGUUCCGCUCUCCGCUGUUGGAGGGCAGCCUGCCUCUGAAUACCCACUUGUGGGCUUCCUUAUAGGCGUCUUGUUGGCCUUGCUGGACUAGAUGGGCCUUUGGUUUGAUACAAUUGGGCCCUUACGUCCUUAUUUAACUUUAAAACGCAUCAAAAUGCAAACAGCUUAUGCUCAUUAUUAUAACGUAGACAAGGCACAUCUCUCAUUACGCUAUAGCUAAGGCUGCUUCCCUGGAGAAAAAACCAAGAGCAGAGGGGUGACUUACCGGUAGUUACAUUAGUACAUUACUAUUUUUAGGAUUUUUGUGAGUUAACUACUUUUGUAGUGGUCAUUUGUUUUGAUUUUCUGUACACUGCUUAAGAGAUAUAUUUUUUUAAUAUACUAAGCAGCAUAGAAGUAGUAUAAAUAAAUAGAUAAUCCUAUCGAGCUCAAUGGGAUGGAUAGCCAAGUAAAAAUAAGCAGGAUUUCUUACACCAACUGACAAAGUAGUUAAACCAGUUUCAUUUUUAUCUAUUAUUGUCUACUGCAUCAAUUUCUUUGGGCAGUCUUUGACCCUUGAACCCUAGGUAAUUUCAGAUCUCAAUAAAAACAUAAUAAGCUAACAUAACAGUGCAUAGUGGUAAAAUUACAUUGAAAUAAUUGGAACUUACUAGGAUGAAUAAGGGAUUUUUCUUACUGAAACGUUUCUGAAGUGAAAGUGGUAAUAGUAAAUACAACUUUCACAAAGUAUUUCAUAGUUAUAUGGUUGUUAUAUAUUAUAUAUAUAUAUAUAUGGUUUUAUAUAUAUAGAAAACAAAGCUCUUACAAAUGUUUACUGUUGACAUUUUUUAAAAAAACUUCUGAACAUUUAAUUUCCUUGCACUUUGCAGCCACAAAACGAGUACAUAGAGUUACAUCGGAAGCGAUAUGGUUAUCGUUUGGAUUACCAUGAGAGAAAGAGGAAGAAAGAGGGCCGUGAGGCUCAUGAACGCUCAAAAAAAGCUAAGAAAAUGAUUGGACUGAAAGCUAAGCUUUAUCAUAAACAGCGCCAUGCAGAGAAGAUACAGAUGAAAAAGACGUGAGUGGGCUUUUUUUGUUCAACUAAACUUCUUUGGUAUAGUGAAAAACUAAUAUAGUUCAGAACUAGCUCCACUGGAAGACAAACUAUUGAUUACUCCUUUAAACUUACUGUUUGCCUGUUACUGGGCUUUUAUAAACCUAUGCCAAAAUUGUACACUUUCUUCUUUUUAAGCACUGUGUAACUAUCUCAGACAACCGUUAGUCUUCAGAUGACAUUAAUUUUGCAUAGCUUGUUCUGCUGAUUUAGUCAUGUUCUUGGUUAGGAAAAACAUUGUGACUAGUAUAAAGCAUGUGUCGAUGUAACUAUUUUCAAUUGACUUUGAUUCCCACCUGAAACUUUGCUUUUCAAUUUUUUAAAAAAAUAAUUUGUGCACAUUCUAUUUAUCUAGUAUUAAGAUGCAUGAAAAGAGAAAUACCAAGCAGAAAAAUGAUGACAAGACCCCAGAAGGAGCUGUGCCAGCCUAUCUGCUGGACAGAGAGGGUCAGUCCCGAGCUAAAGUUCUCUCCAACAUGAUUAAACAGAAGCGAAAAGAGAAAGCUGUAAGUACUGCAGAAGUUCAGGUUAUCACUAUUUGUCAAGCUGUAAAAAUACUGAUUUUCAAGGUGGUGGCUCUGGUAUCUGUUCAGGGUAUGAAGUACACACAUACUGUUCUCCAUUUUCAGUUUUAACCAGGCAAACUCUCCUGCGUAUAUCCAGUGAGGAAUUAUUGGACUUGCCAAGACAAAUCUAUGACUUGCGCUAAUAUACUGCGUGCAGUAUACUUGCAGUUUAGCAACUCCCUGCUGCAUAUCAUACUCCAAAAGCUGAUUUAACUUCUACUCAUGAACGUGUGGGGUUUUUUUUAAAAAACAAAAGGUUGCAUGUGGUUGUAUCAAGACCUAGUUGGUCUAGGUUUCUGGGUAAAAUCCAGUGUUGUGCAAACUUGUUCAGUGGGACUUCUCCUCCCCAUGGUAGGGUCAUGCACCUUGCCUAGUGCUCCAGAGCAGAUGAGGGGCGAGGGGCAGUGCAUUGCAUUGCAGAAGGGGAAAUGUCCCUAGCUAUGGACUUGCACCUUGUCAGAGAUGACACCCCCCCCAAACAAGUUUCAACAUGCAGUAGCAGUAUAAUUCCUUUCUCUGCAAGGUAGACAUUUCACAGAGAUCUGGAGUAGGUAGAAGCUAAAGCACUGUACAGUAUUUUUAAAAAUCACCUCCUGUGCAGGUGAGAGUGAAGAGGGUAGCAGCACUCUGUUGCACUGAACUUUGGAGAAGGCAAAAGAACUGUAAUACAUGCUGUGCUUCUCCCGGCUCCAAAACCCAGGUCACUAUGAGCAGAGCCUCAUGCCAUAAUCAGCUUUGAAGUACAUAAAAGCAAUAGAUCUCUUCUGUCCGUUUCAGAGCCUAUGAGAACUUCUGUCCCCCAUGUCCUCUGGAAUGAGCAGAGGGCUAAAGGCAAAGUGUUGGUGGUAAUAACAAACGAUGACUGGCUAGUAAAUCAGGCAAAAAUGUGCAUACACCUGUGAAGGCCCAAGACAGGUGUUGAUCAUCAUGUGAGCUGCGCACAGGUGGUCUGAAGCGAGCUACUGCCAUUCCUGUGGAGCCUCCUUUUAUUAAGACAAAUAUGCAAGCUAGGCAGAUACAUUUUUGGGCUGUGACCUUUACACAUCUUCCGUCCCGAGAUCGUGGGGUGGUACAAAGCUAUUUUGGCACCUGCUCCACAGCGUCAUUUUCCCCUUGCACAGUGUAUGACGAAUGGAGACAAAAGGUCUCUAAGGAAAAAGGUUACAGACAGGACACUGCUGACUGCUGAGACCUCAAAAGGUCAGACACAGGGGACGAUGUUCCGACAGCCGUGGCUUGUCUGAGGGGGGGUUUUCCCUGCACCCCAGGGUCACGCGUGCAGGCAGACGUGGCUGCCUGCUGGUGGAAAGUGUGCUCCCUCCGGACCCCACUGUCCACUCGGCAAUAUCCCUACACACCUGCACAACUAUAGUAUUUUUUUUAUGUUAUCAGAUGGCAGUCAAUUUUUAACAAGUAGUUGGUCUUGACUAGUUAAGACAGCAUGUUGUUCAUUCUAGUUGUUCUCCGACUUUAGCACUCUAACCAUUUCUUUCUGUUUCUUUGCAGGGGAAAUGGGAGGUUCCUGUACCCAAGGUUCGUGCUCAGGGAGAAACAGAAGUGCUCAAGGUGAUCCGUACAGGAAAGAGAAAGAAGAAGGCUUGGAAGAGAAUGGUUACUAAAGUGUGUUUUGUUGGGGAUGGCUUUACCCGAAAGCCACCUAAAUAUGAACGUUUCAUUCGGCCAAUGGUAAAUGAUUUGAUUGAUUGAUUAUUCUUUACAUAAGUUGUUGCUCACUUCACGAUUAUCAUCCUUGAGUGGAGAAAACAUUAGCAGUUUCAACAAUGUUGUAAUAGAACCUUUUUCUUUGAACUGAUAGUCUUAUCUACACUUCAGAACUAGAUAGCCAGUAAAACCUUUUGUUAUUUGCAGGUAUUGGAUAGCAGAGUAAUUUACAGUAAUAUACACACUAAAAAGUUAGCAUUUAAUACCAAACAUCUAACAGAGAUGCCUCUAAUUUUCUGCACUGUUGAUUUGAUUAUUGAAGCACCAUCAUGGCUAGUUAUGUUUUCAUCUCUAUUUAGUGUUACAGCAAUCUCUUGUUACCUAACAGGGUUUACGAUUCAAGAAGGCCCAUGUAACACAUCCUGAACUUAAAGCCACCUUUUGCCUACCUAUUCUUGGUGUAAAAAAGAAUCCCUCUUCUCCUCUGUAUACAUCUUUGGGGGUAAUUACAAAAGGUACCGUCAUUGAGGUGAAUGUGAGUGAGCUUGGUCUCGUGACACAAGGAGGCAAGGUCGUCUGGGGUAAGUAUUGGAAUAUCAGUUACCAAUCUUAAUGUUAAACUUAUGUGUAGGGUUUUUUAUUGCAUCAAUAGGGAGGGGGAAUUUCCUCUCAAUGCAAACAGUACCUUGAGAUGAGUGAUUUUCCUCAGGCCUGCAAUAGGAGAACAAAAUUAUAUUCUGCCUUCUUGCCUAACUGCCCAACACCAGCAUGAAGGAUACAAAAUAUUUUACCCCCCACUCCCAUGUACAGUUCUCUCAGUCAAAGUCAGAAUGUAUUUUUACAUGUCUUGUGGUAUCAUUAAUUUGGCCUGAAACUACAUUUCUAGUCAAAAUAAGACUAGUAUCAUAUUACAUGUUACAUUAAACUGCAUUGUCCAUAGCUAAUUGUAGGCCCCAACUCUUACAUCAAGACCUGACUUAAUUAGCCAUUCAGUAUGAAGCCUUAUUAUCUUUGAGCUUGGUGGAAAGGUGCACUCACAGGUGGCUAUGUCUGCUGGAUAACAGCCACAGAAUCAGGCUAACUAAAUAAUGGGUUAGUUCAGUGAUAACAGAGCUCUCCUGCUUUAGGAUGUGAAAUUUGAAGUUCCCUUUUCUUCCAACUCAAAACAGCUUAUUUCCUUGGGUCCUCUGUUUAAAUUUCUUAUCUUUUCUUUGUUUCAUUUUUAAGUGCUGCCUCUUGCCUUUAAGCUUGCCUUUAAGGCCUUUUAAGGUUUCGAUUUGUGUAUUUGAUAAACAUAUCCACAUGUGUGGAGACGGGAUUCCUUUUCAUUAUUUUGUGAGAGGGUGGUUUAGUGUUGUGGACCACUAACACUUCUGCACAACUUGACAUCUGCACCUUUUGCAUCUCUGAGAUGAGGCAUAUUCCCAUGAGAGGGAGUGAACCGUGGAAACUUCUCAUCUCCACUGAGGACCAAGGACCAAAGUUGACUAGCCAAUAGGCCAUGCCUACAUUACAAUUGCUGUUUAGAAAAUAAAUGCAUGAGCAUGUGCCAUUUCUGUGAACAUAAGUGCAGCUUAUUCUCACUUUAGUAAGUGCUAAUAUAGUUCUUUCCCAUUUCAGGAAAAUAUGCACAAGUAACCAACAAUCCAGAAAAUGAUGGGUGCAUUAACGCAGUUCUGCUUGUCUAAGUGGCAUCUUACAGUCUGGAUACACACAGUUACUUUUCCAAGGAGAACCAUGACUUCCUCAAAACAUUUGCAGAAAAAGAACUUCUUGUGUCAAAGCAUCAGUAUGUGAAGUCAGGAAAUGGAUUCUAAGAACUGUUUUUCACUGAACAUUACAAUCAAUAAAAGGAAACCAUUGUGGGCCCAAACUAACUAAUCCCAAUCAUUACAA